GAGUUUCUAUCCGAUGGCCUAAAUGCCACACGGCUAUAGAAAUCAACAAUACACUACACGGCUACACCUGAACUCAUUUGCCCUUCCCGAAGUUUAUACCUGUGUUUUUCCUCACUAAUAAUGCCGAUUUCUCUUUCUUCCUCUGCUAUUACUGGUGGACCUAAUCUCAAGUCUUGUGAGCUUCCAUUCUCAAAAUGCACUUCCUUAGGAAAUAUGUCAAUCGUUGCUAUGCCAACAAAGUCGAAGCGAUCGGAAAUGCAACAUAAGCUUGCUGUUCGUGCUCAGUACAGUGAUUCUGAAAGAGGUGGAGGUGGUGGUGAUUUCGUUGCUGGAUUUCUUCUUGGUGGUGCAGUUUGUGGAACUCUGGCAUAUAUUUUUGCUCCUCAGAUCAGAAGAUCUCUGCUGAAUGAAGAUGAAUAUGGUUUCCGGAAAGCUAGGCGACCAAUGUAUUAUGAUGAUGAGGGCCUGGAGAAGACUAGACAAACACUCAAUACCAAAUUGAGCCAACUGAAUGCUGCAAUUGACAAUGUAUCUACUCGUCUACGAGGUGGAAACAAUACUGCUUUAGUGCCUGCAGAGUCUGAUUCAGAAAUAGAAGCUACAAUGUGAACUGUGGUCAUUUUAACAUAUGAUGCUGUUGCUGGUUUAAGCAAGCUUUUUGCGAGACUGCAACCAUGAUCUACUAUUAUCGUCUUGCUGAGCCAUAUUGAUACCAACCUUAUACUCCUUUUUCUUCGCGUGGUCUUUGUGAAUACAUUACUCUUGAACGUCGUCAAUAGUCUAUAAUAUAUGGUCUAUUGGUUAAACUUGUAAUGCAAAGCCAUUGAAUGAGAUAUUUGUGGCAUCUUGAUUAUCUGGUCUCUUACUGCUCAUCAGUAAGACUAAUGAUUUCUUAAAGACUUCCUGUUGCAUUACAUAAUUGGUUUUUCUUGAACCAUGUUGACUCGUUGAAACUGUUGAUUAUCCUCUGGACAAAAUGAAAAUUAAUGUGGGUACUUAAUCGAA